AUAGGAUGAAAAAUACGUUUGUAAUCUGCCUGAACUGUCAUCUCUCUUGGUACUCAUUGUGAGCUUUGUUAUAAUCUUCACAAAAUUGAAAUCCCUAACAUCACAAACUCAAAAACUCAAAAACUCAAUCAGUUCGAGGUCUGGAAGAACCCAUGGAAGCGAUCAGGUGAGCUCGGUUGAAGGCUUGAAGCAACUCCGUUCCCUACGGCCAAAUUCCCACUUUUUCCUACAUUCUUCGCAGCUGUAAGUAACACUUCACCCUUAGAAUUUCCAAAACCUAAGUUGUGAAAAUCUGCCAAGAGACUAGCAUCAGUAUUAAUCUUAUGAAAAUUUUCAUUGUAGAAUUCUUGGUAUGGUUGUGAUUUUGCUUGCUUGGGAAAUCUCAGCCUGGACUGGACUUCCUUUGGUUGAUUAAUUGCCUUCUUAUUCCUAUUAUUCUUCUAAACUAUGCCAUUGAAUCUUGUCUUUCCAAUGGAGUAGUUGAAUUUGGAGGUUGCAGGAAGAAGAAAAAAAAAAUUGAGCCUGGUGUUGUUAAAAUUCUUCUAAAACAUGCUCGAUUCAUUUGGAGCAAUUUCUUGUUUGUGCCUUGUGUACUGUCUUUCUCUGCCCGUUGUGAAGUGACAACGCCUAGUUUCUGAAAUUAUGCGGCGACACCUUCUUCGUCCCUGUAACUAUAACACUAUUGAAACUAUUGCUGCUCAUGUUGUCCCCAAAACGCCAUUGCUUCACAAAUCAAUCUCUUCCUCAUCUUCUCUUUACCAACGAGACUUAAAUGUUCACGACGAAUCAAAAACUCUGAUAACCAUCAACAUAAAUCAUAAACAGUGUGGAGAUCAACCACAUUUCUCAAUUGGGUCUCCAUGUAGGGUCCAGAAACUCAUUGCAUCCCAAUCUGAUCCUCUUCUUGCCAAGGAAAUUUUUUACUAUGCUUGUCGUCAACCCCAUUUUCGCCCAUCAUCUUCCUCUUUACCCAUUCUUAUUCUGAAGCUAGGGCGCUCCAAAUACUUCUCUCUGAUUGAUGAUCUUCUCCUUAGCUUCAAGUCUAGAGGCUACCCUGUCACUCCAACUGUCUUCUCCUACAUGAUCAAAAUCUAUGGUGAAGCUGAUUUACCUGAUAAAGCUCUCAAGGCCUUUUAUACCAUGAUUGAGUUUGGGUGUACACCUUCUUCCAAACAGUUGAACAGGAUACUAGAAAUUUUGGUUUCUCAUCGUAACUUCAUUCGACCAGCUUUUGAUCUUUUCAAGAACGCCCGUCAUCAUGGAGUGCUGCCCAACACAAAGUCUUACAACAUUCUUAUGCGUGCAUUCUGUUGGAAUGGAAAUCUUAGCAUUGCCUACACACUGUUCAACAAAAUGUUCAAACGAGAUGUCAUUCCAGAUGUCGAAUCAUACCGGAUAUUAAUGCAGGGCCUGUGCAGGAAGAAUCAAGUGAAUGGUGCUGUUGAUUUGCUAGAAGAUAUGUUAAAUAAAGGAUACAUUCCAGACUCGUUGAGCUAUGCCACUUUGUUAAAUAGUUUAUGUAGGAAGAAGAAGCUAAGGGAAGCUUAUAAACUUCUCUGUAGAAUGAAGGUUAAAGGUUGCAAUCCUGAUGUUGCUCAUUACAAUACAGCUAUAAUUGGAUUUUGCAGAGAAGGGCGUGCCCUUGAUGCUUGUAAGAUUCUGGAGGAUAUGCAGUCGAAUGGUUGUUUGCCUAAUUUAGUAUCUUACCAGAGUUUGACUAAUGGAUUAUGUGAUCAAGGAAUGUUUGAAUUGGCAAAGGAUUAUGUUGAGGAGAUGACGUUAAAGGGUUUUUGCCCACAUUUCUCUAUCAUUCAUGCUUUGGUUAAGGGUUUCCGUAAUGUUGGCAGGAUCGACGAAUCGUGUAGUAUUCUUGAAGAUAUGCUAAAUCAUGGGAAAGCCCCUCAUUCUGAUACUUGGGAGAUUAUUAUAUCUGGAAUUUGUGAAGUUGAGGACACUGUCAAAUUAUGUGAAAUUUUAGGGAAGAUUUUGAAGAAAGAUGUAAGAAGAGACACUAGAAUAGUUGAAGCAGGCUCUGGUUUGGGUGAGUAUUUAAUUAGGAAGUUACAAGCUUCCAAAUCACGAAGGGUAUGAAUAUUUCUUAGUUCAAAUAGUAGGGAGAGGACUCAAAUUUUUAAUCUCUUGGUUGAGAUAUAUGCCAUAAUCAAUUGAACUAUAGCUCAAGUUGAACAAACAGCUUGAAUUUUUGGUGUA